UGCAUGCGCGGCGCGCGACCGUUGUGGUUGCGCGGGCCGCUGGCUUCAUUCGGCUCUCGGCGUUCAGCGCGUCCGCUGCGGUUCAGUGUUGGCGUGUCGGCGCGAUCUCGUUGGCGCAGAUCUUUCCCAUCUACCUCGCGCUCAAGUCGCACUCUUCACCCCGUUCCUCUCAAAAGCACACGGUGCUCGACUUUUAGACAAUGUCCGGACGAGGCAAAGGAGGUAAGACCAAAGGAAAGGCGAAGACCCGCAGCAGCAGGGCCGGGCUGCAGUUCCCCGUGGGUAGGAUCCACCGUCUCCUGAGGAAAGGCAAUUACGCCGAGCGCGUCGGCGCCGGUGCGCCGGUCUACCUCGCCGCCGUGAUGGAAUAUCUAGCCGCCGAAGUGCUGGAGUUGGCAGGAAACGCCGCCAGGGACAACAAAAAGACCAGGAUAAUCCCUCGCCACUUGCAACUUGCCAUCCGGAAUGACGAGGAGCUGAACAAAUUGUUGUCCGGAGUGACCAUCGCUCAAGGUGGAGUACUGCCCAACAUCCAAGCAGUCUUGCUGCCAAAGAAGACCGGCACCGGCGGCUCCGGCAAGGGCGACAAGGCGUCGCAAGAAUAUUAGAAUUUAUAUUACACGUUUAUAACUUUAAUCGUACUCUAGAGACAUGCCUUUUUUUUUCGUAAAAAGAAAAAGGAACGAGCGUCCCUCAAUAAAUCUGUGCGACAGGAUUUACGUGAUUUCUGAUGAUAAAAACUAUGGAGAUCGAUAACGGACGUUUAUACUGUCACUUUGAUUUCCUUGUUACUCCAUCAUUUUCAAGUCUGCGAACGUUCUUUUUUCUCUUUCAUUCUUUUUUUAAAUUGACAACCACCUGCAAGCAAAUCUUUUUGGAGUUAGAUGACCACUACUUCGAUUUAUAUUGCUAGAUCCUGUCCUGGACACCGUUGAAAGUAUAAUUACCGUCUUGAAGUGUAUUUAAUAAUUACGUUUUGGUUGAAUAUUACAGUGUUGAACGUGGUAAUUCUAAAUUCCUGUUUUAAUUGUUUGAUUAUGCUGUGACGAUUAAUCAGUUAAUUCUUGUGUGAUGUAUAUUUAUGAUACAAUUAUGUUAUUUAAAUGCUUUCGUUUACAAUGAUAUACAUUUUCCUCGCACACACAUUUCUCUUUUAUUCUCUCUUUUUUUUACCUUUACUAGUUGGUUCAGUCUCUGUCAUGUCCUAUUGUAUUAACAGUGACGAUUUUAAAGAUAUAUUAAUGCUCGAAUGUUUUUGUUGACUGUAAUAUUUAAUGCAAAAAUAAAUAGCAUUGCGUCCCUACGUGAAAGUUCAAUUCGCAGGUGUGUACAAUCCUCUUUUUGAACAUACAAAAGUAAAACUUCGUGUUACAGAAAGACGUUGAGCUUUCGACGUUGCGCAUUCCAUUUGUUGUGAAACCAUCUUUUGUACACAUUUUUUAUAAUAUAUUAAUAGUAGUAAAUGAGUA